GCGGGGACACGAGGAAGGAGGGGUAACCGGGAUGGAGCCGGCAACUGGAGGCUGAGGUCGGGGCCGAGGCUGUAUGAAGGGAGAUGUCCCUCACGUCCCCACUGGAAGCAGGAUGAACCUCAUGUCUAUGGCGACGGAGCCCGAGCUGAAAUGGGUCGCCCUGUGGGUUCGUGUCAGGUGGGCGGCUGUGCUCGUGCUGCUGCUGGGCUCCCUCCUGCUGCUGCUGCUGCCGCUGCCCGCCGUGGAGGAGAAGUGCCAUGCGGUGCUCAGGGGGCUUUCCUUCCUGAGGAGUAAGCUGGGAACCGGCUAUACAGGUGUCACCAGGUACACGGGUCAAAGCACCGGGCUGAGUGUCACCUCGCAGGGGCUGGAGCUGUUGGUGCUGAAAGGCAAAGCCUCCCCAGAAGUGAAGUUAGAAGCCAAAGCAGCUCUGAACCAAGCCCUUGAAAUGAAGCGCCAAGGAAAGAGAGAAAAAGCGCACAAACUCUUUGUCUACGCCCUCAAAAUGGACCCUGAUUACGUGGAUGCCCUGAAUGAAUUUGGUAUUUUUUCUGAAGAGGAAAAAGACAUUCUUCAAGCAGACUAUUUGUACUCCAAAGCAUUAACCCUUUCCCCCUGCAAUGAAAAGGCUUUGAUCAAUCGGGACCGGACGUUACCUUUAGUUGAAGAAAUUGAUCAGAGGUAUUUCAGCAUCAUUGACAGCAAGGUUAAAAAAGUGAUGGCGAUCCCCAAAGGUAAUUCUGCCCUGCGCCGAGUGAUGGAGGAGUCCUACUAUCACCACAUCUACCACACGGUUGCUAUUGAAGGGAACACUCUGACGCUGUCAGAAAUACGACACAUCAUCGAGACCAGAUAUGCUGUUCCUGGCAAAAGUUUAGUGGAGCAGAAUGAGGUGAUUGGCAUGCAUGCAGCUUUGAAAUAUGUCAAUACCACACUGGUAUCACGAAUAGGCUCCGUUACCAUCACUGACAUCCUGGAGAUACACCGGAGAGUGCUGGGCUACGCUGACCCCGUGGAGGCAGGAAGGUUCAGGACUACGCAGGUGUUUGUAGGGCAUCACAUACCCCCACAUCCCCAGGAUGUUGGGAAACACAUGCAGGAGUUUGUGCAGUGGAUUAACUCUGAAGAUGCCAUGAGUUUGCACCCUGUGGAGUUUGCUGCGUUAGCCCACUACAAGUUGGUUUACGUCCAUCCUUUUAUAGAUGGUAACGGGAGGACCUCACGUCUGCUAAUGAACCUCAUCCUGAUGCAGGCAGGCUACCCACCCAUCACCAUCCGCAAGGAGCAACGGGCAGAGUAUUAUCAUGUCUUAGAAGUUGCCAAUGAGGGCGACGUGAGGCCUUUCAUACGCUUUAUAGCUAAGUGUACUGAGACAACGCUGGACAUGUUGCUCAUUGCUACCACGGAGUACUCUGUGGGCUUACCUGAAGCUGAUGGCAGCAGUGCUGGAUGCAAACAAACUAUCCCUGUCAAGACCUGAAGGCUGUGGGUGUUGAGGAGGCAGGGGAUACAUGGGUGAACAGGAAGCCACGCUGCUCAGUAUUUCUGCUGGGAAGUGACUUGACAGGAGGUGUCACUCUUAAGCAUUUCAUUUAUUUAAAGUCUCUUACAUUUGAUUAAAUUAAUAUUAUUUAUUUAUAUACAUUAUGCCAAGCUAAACUGCUGAUGUUGACUCCAUGCUGUAACUUGCCUGUGCUACAGUAAGAGGUGGGGAAAAACAUCAGAGGGGCUGAACAAACUGAAGUAGAAAUCAUGUCAUUUCCCCAUAAAAUUAAGAAUUGAGAAGCUGCUUCCAUCACAGCCCUACACCAGGUCAGUCAGCAACCUUGUCUUACCUUGUCAUGGAGCUGCAAGGUGGGCUAAAGCCUUAAGAGAGUUGUUGCUCUCAUAUUAUCCCUUCACUAUGACACAUUCAGCCUGAAAAGAUGAGGAAGAAGGCUACAGGGAUGCAGUGGAAAUUCUCCCCUCUGGUUUCUGCUUUCAGUAGCACUUUGCAUAUUUACUUUCAGUUGCCUUUCCUAGGGUAAGGUAUGUGAAACAAAUGGGAAGUGUUUGGUUUAUGAUUACAGUCCAUGUGACUGGUACAAGGUAAGAAAUGCUCUCUGACUUGCUUCAGGGAACAGCAAGGUGCUAUUGCAGUGUCCUCACCAGGACAAUUUUGUGCUGAGACCCUGCUUCAGAUUCCCCCCCUCAGCAGGCAGGUCCCCUUGGAAGCUGCAGCUGCCUGCAGUUUUCAGUUCAGGGUCUGAAAAGAGCUUGUUUCUGCAAAGCUGCAAGCAGAAAAGGUCAUUUUGCAUAGCUGCAAGACUGCCUUUAUCUGCUGGGCUGUUUGGAUAAGAAUUCAUAUGGUGAGUUUGCCAAAAACUUAAGUUUCCUUCAUCUACACAAGAGAACUUUUCAUAAUAGAUUUAUUAACUACCAGGUCAUGCUAUUCCUGUGAUAAAUGCAUAAAGAACCACCCAAGGCCUCUCCCUACUGCAGUCUCAGUUUGCAUAGCACCUGGAAGCUGCCGCCCAAUUCAAAGUGCUUUUAAGGUAAAAGCAUUUGCAGUUUAACACUGAGAGGAGCUGCUCCCUACACCCCACCUGCCAGUUGUAUAAGUGCAUAAUUCCAGGUAUCACAGAUCCCAACACCUUCAAGUUCAGAAAACACAGAAGGAAUGGAUUCCUGUACUACCCCAGGUCUAUUUUUCUCCCCUGGAGCUCUCUUACCUGUAAGGUAGUUAGGAUACAUUUUACACAGCAGAUAGACAAGACAAGACCAGGUGUUACCUAUAGAUGUAGCACCAGACUCUCCUCAUGUAUUGAUUACUGCUGACAGGGAAAGUGAACGAGUGUUCUAUUUUUAUAAAGCAUGCUUAUUUUUGUAGUGCAAUGUGAGUAUAAAAGUAUUCUGCACUUUAGAGCUCUGGAAAAAAAAAUAUGUUCAUUUUAGUAACAGAUUAAUAAAGUAUUUUAAUAUUAAGUCUGCAGUAAAAUCA